UAUAUAUAUAUAUAUUUUUAUAAGCGAUGUGAUUACAGUUAAAAUGCGUUAGCAUUUAUCCGAUCUAUUAAAACAAUUCGGCUAAUUUGUCUAAUUCAACUGAGUGUUCAUUUUCCACAUUUAAAUCCGGUGAUGGUCGUUGGCUUUUGAUAAGUGAAAUUUGAAAAUAAAAAAAACACAAAAAAUGAUGGAACGUCUGGAAAACCUGACCGACCCGAGUUUGUGUCUUCAAGACUUGGUGUCGUCGACGGGUUCUGAUCACCACAACGUUGCAUUACAGCACGCGUCAUCGGCAUCGUUCCAUCAUCCCGUGCACGAUGGCAGUGCUGGACUGCAUCAGGGCAUGCUUGGACACCACCAUGUGCACCAUCAUGACAGUCACCAUCACCAUCAUCACACGGCUGUACCGUGUCCGCCGUCACUGUUACACCACGAACCGUUGGAAAAACUUAAGAGAGUGUGGGCAGAGACAGGAGACUUCCGUGAUAACAAUCAUCAUGUCCUUUCUACGGAUCAUACGUCACAGCUUAACUUUGGUUCAUCCAGGAGUAGAAACCGUGACAGAAAAGGGCGGGUGGACACGAUCGGUGUUACCGGUAUAAAAUCCGAAGGUAUAGACACGGGAGUUGGCGUAGUUACCGACGACGGCAAAGACACAAAUAUUAAAAAUAAUAAAAACACGAAAAGACAGAGGAGACAGAGGACACAUUUUACUUCGCAACAGCUUCAGGAACUAGAGGCCACUUUCACUAGGAACCGGUAUCCGGACAUGAGCACCAGAGAAGAGAUAGCUAUGUGGACGAACCUCACCGAGGCCAGAGUUAGAGUAUGGUUCAAAAACCGGAGAGCCAAAUGGCGGAAACGCGAAAGAAAUGCGAUGAACGCCGCAGCGGCUGCGGCCGUGGACUUUAAGAACGGGUUUGGAACGCAAUUCAAUGGUCUCAUGCAACCAUUUACUGACACCGACUCUUUGUACAGUACAGCUUACACGUCGUACAAUAAUUGGGCGACCAAGGUGCCGAGCCCGUUGGGAUCGAAGACGUUCCCGUGGUCGGUGAACCCGCUGGGCACGGUGAACCAUCAUCACCACCAGGCGCCGGUCAACUGCUUCAACGCGGCCACUUCGGCGGCCGGGUCCAUGCUGCCGACGCCCGCGCCGCAGAACGGGCCACCGUACUGCCCGCCCACAACGCCGUACUCGGUGUACCACCACCGGCCGGCCGAGCCGUGCAACGUCAUGUCCAGCAGCAUCGCCAGCCUCCGGCUCAAGGCCAAGCAACACGCGUCCGGGUUCGGCGGUUAUCAGCCCGCAGGUUCGCCGGGUUCACUGCAGCAGGCGCAGGCCAACGGCGGCAACCGGUCGUCGUCGUCGUCGUCGUGUCAACAACAGUACGGCGGCGGACAAGGCGCGGGCGGCGGUGGCGGCGGCGGCGAAAUUCCGGCAGCGAAGGCCCGGACGCCGGUCUGA